UGUCAUGAUCAGUAGUGUCAACUAUUUGGAAUUCUUAAUUAUUCAUGAAUUUGUUGUGAAGAGGAGGGAUGUGACAUCGUAAAAGGCAUAGCAAGGUGCAAGUUCAGUAAUUAAUUAUGUAGAUUAUCAAAGCUAUUGUUCGAAGAUCGAGAAACAUAAAAAGUGUUCGUUUAUUCUCACGGAGCACGAAGAAAGUUCGUGCUUAAUGUGAAAGGUAUUUGUUGAUAAGACUGUGUCGCAUCAUGAGUGUUCGUGUUAUACAUUAAUAUUAUUACGUUGCAAAAGUUCCCACUCGUAAUACCGACGUCGUGUUAAUCUUGGAAAAAUAAAGGCUGUUGACACGGAUGUCGCGUUUAAAAUCAAGUGACACCAUGCCCAAGAUCGGGCAUGUGACGGAUCUACGUGAACAGUGGCUGGUCCGGACCGAUGGAGCAUUAGCUCAUCAUCUACAAGAUCGAGAAAUCUCUUCGCAUCUUUGCGAAAAUAGGUAUCGUAAUCAGCAAAUUCGGGAGGAUUUUCCCGUUGCGUUAAAUGAACAAAGAGAUAUAGAGCAUGAGGUACGAUUACGUGAGUUGGCACGACGUCGCCAGGCAGAUAUAGAUUUAGAAAUAGCGCGAGAAAUGGCCGAAAUUAACCUUCGCAGACAACAUCGUCCUCCUCCAAACUAUGACUCACAUCCACCAAGUCCCAAACCAAGCUCUUCUAAAGCUCCUGCGGCCGCGCCGUCGGAUAUCGAUCCUGAAGAAUUGGGACUUUCUGCAACCGAAAUUGAAGAAAUGAGGCGUAGAAUUGAACAGGAAGAGAGAGAUGCAAGGCUAGCAAGACAACUCAGUCAAGAAAAUCAAGGUCAAGAUGCAUUACUUUCUGAUAUGAAAUGUGCAGUUGAAGCACAGGAUGGGGAAUUGGCCAGGCUGCUUCAGGAGAGAGAGUAUAAAAAAUUACAAAGAGCAAAAGAAAAAGCAAAGCAAAAAGCACUGUUAAAAAAACAGCAGCGACUUGCCCAGCAGCAAGUUCCUCCAUCAGAACCACCUCAAACAACUCUUUGCGAUGCUUACAGCAAUCCAAGGGAUCUUAUAAGAGAGAAUGGGUUAAGACUAUGUAAGUCUGUGGAUUCAGACCUCAAUUAUGUUGAGCCUUUUGAAAAAGAACAUAUUCAAUCUAAAGAGAGUGCAUUGUUAUCCAAAGAAUUAUCUAAACAAUAUUAUAAACAGGAAGCUGGUACUUCAAACAGUAAUUUGAAUAUCUCUCACAAACAUUCAAAAUCAUUUGACUCAGAUACACCUAAUUUUUCUAAUUCUCAUAAAACUUCCCUUCAACACCGACAUCCUCCUCUUCCACCUUCAUCUGGCAAAAAACCAAGAUUCCCUGACCCAAUCAGCAUUAGGCCAGCUUCUCACUACCCAACAGACAAUAUUCUGUCAGGAAUCGAUAACCAUAAUACAUCUAUGCCAAACAGUCUCAGUGAAAACAACAAUUUGUAUACCUCAACAUAUCCCCCCGAUAAUACACCUCAGCAAAGCUAUGAAAGGCCUGAUCCUUCAAAGAGAUUGUCAGUCAUAUCAGAUAUAACAGCGGAAGACCUAGCAAAAAAAAAGAUUAAGCAGGCUGACAUGCAUAAGAAAAGACGAGGAUGCAAGAUACAAUAACACAUUAAUAGUCAGUGGGACAUGAAACAAUUAAUCACUCAUUUGGUAAUGUUACAGUUAUAAUUAAUAAAUUGAAUUGCCACUUUGAUGGCCACUUAUAAUACAUACAAAAAUUAGAGUAAAAGUUAAAAUUUAUUUAAUUAUCUCACAGAAUUGAUCUUUUUUAUUGGUUUAUAAAUUUUAAUGGUUAAUUUAUACAGUCAGUGAAAGUCUAUUUGUUGCAUUAGUAAUGGUUUCUUUCUUACAAUUGUCCAAGUUAUAAAUAUAAUUUUUUAUAUGGUAUGUAUCAGCUAAGUUUAUAAUGGAGCUGAUUAAUAAUAUUUUUUUUAGUUUAAUUAAUUAUAAGACUUUAUUUAUUCUUUAUUUAAUCUGUAGCAGUACCUGCAGAAAAGGAACCAAUGAGCCAUUUUUUUUAAUUAACGGGACAAAUGUGCCGUAUUAUUUUAUAAGAAUAAUAGUUUUUAAUUUUACAUUCCAAAUUUGUGAUUUCUCUCAUUUAAAUAUUUUUGAUCUCUAUAAUAUGCUGAUUGUACACAAACCAGGUGCUCUUUUUAAUCUUAAUUUUUAUAUGAUGAAGACUUUUGUACUCACUAUUUUUAUUCCAUUAAAAAUAUUACUUUUUUUAUUCAAGAAGAAUUUAAAAACUAGUAUUAUGAUUAUAAACAAAACAUGAUAAGAAUCUCCUAAAUUGGUAUUGAAUUAUUAUUUUAAAAUUGUUUUUUUUUUAUUCAUAGAUUCAAUUAAACUAAGAAGUUUAAUACUUUAUAACUUUUAUUAUUAGUACUUAAUUAUUGAAAUUUCUAUAAACUUAAGACUGAUUAAAAAUUACCUUUAUUGACAGAGUAUUAAAAGAAUAGUCUAUCUACAGUCUACACAUUACUUAUAUAUAUAUAUUUUUUUUCUAUCGAAAUAAUUCAAUUUGGUGGUGCUCUUGUAUUUUUUAAACUUCAAAAUGUUAAGUUCUAUACCAUAUUGCUCUCUCGAAUUUAUUAUUAAUAAUAUGAGAAAAAUAACAUAGUAUGUAAGUUUUUUAUUAAUUACAUAUUAAAUGUGAAAUGAAUGUUUUAUUAGAAAAGAAUAUUUCUUAAAUAACUCUUUAAUCUCGAUGACUACAACAAGAACAAAGACUACUAGGAAUAGAUGUAAUAAUACUGAAAUAUAUAUUAUAACUAACCACAUUCAUAGCAAAAUUGUCAUUGCAUAUAAAUACAUAAUCUCUAUUAGUCACGGAAUAUGUAAUACAUUCUGUGAAUACAGUGUUUCCUAUUAUUAUACCACAAUUCCAAUGUUCAUAAGUAUCAAUUUUAGUAUGCUAUAUGUGUACCUAAAUAUAUAUAUUUAAAUCAUACUAGAUAAAUUAUUUACUCUGGAAUCAAGACGUUAGUUGAAAUCAUUUAGACAUAUCAUAUGUAAAACUUUCAUUUUACAAAUAAUUAUUAUUACUUUAAGUAAUGAUUAGCUUUAACUGCAAUCUAUGGCCUUUAUCGUGCCUUAAGGGAACCGAACCAA